ACACCCAUUGCUGCAGGAGACGCGUUACAUAGCCACACAUGUAAACGGACUUGUGUAACUUUGUAUUAUUUGAAAUAAUUUAUUCGCGAGUCUGCAACGAGGAGCUAAACCUGCAUCUUUGACACCAAAUGUAAACAUUGCACGUUUUAGCUUGCAACAGGCACUGCAUGUGAAACGUAACGAACGUUGACCUAACGUGCUGUGGCAUUAGCUAAUUUUGGUAACUCAGCCACUUUAAAAGGAAACGUUGUAACGUUUCUUGAAACCAAGUGAAACCGAAGGAAAAGUUGUUGUUUUUUUGUGUGUAACGGCCAUUUACCCGAACCGAAGGUAACAUUAACGUUAGUCUUGAAUUCAACUUUAAACAACGACGUCGAAAACAGCGUUGACAAUGAAUGGCGUGAAGGAAGAGUCGCGAAGCGUGUCGCCUCACUGCCCAAAGCCGAACGAGUCGGAGGAGCCGGAGGGCACCGCCAUGGAGGAAACCGACCCUGGAGCUGCUGUGAAAGUGGAGGGUGCAGAAUUCGUUAUCACCAAGGAGAUGGAGGAGGAGGAGAAGCUGGCCAGGGAGGCUGGUGAGAAGAGGGAGCAGGCGAUGAUGGAGGAGGCGAGACAGAGCUGGGAGAAGGAGACCAAGGACAUGCGCUUCAAGAGGCUGCAGCAUCUUCUGGACAAGAGCAACAUCUACGCCAAGUUCCUGCUCACCAAGAUGGAGCUGCAGCAACAAGAAGAGAAUGUCCGCAACGAGAAGCUGGAGAAGAAAGCCCAGACUCAGGCAUCAAAGGGGAAGGGCAAAGACAAAAAGACAGACAAAGUUGACCGAAAGAAGCGUGAAAGGGAGGAAGACUAUAAAAUAGCCGAUGUGAUGUCCAAAGAGGAAAUCAUGUCCAAAGCCAAAAAGGCCAAGGUUGAUGAGGAGGAAGUGCCGACCGCAGGGCGUAAGCUGGAGGCGGAGGACAUCGAGAAGCUGAGCGACUCCAACGCCGAGAUCAAGAACCGUCUGUCGGAGGCGGUUCGUGAGAACGCCAAACACCUCCUGGACCCCGAGCGGCAGGUGGACGGCAAGCCGGUGCCCGCGCAGCAGCCCAAGCUCUUCACCGGGGGGGUGAUGAGGUGGUACCAGGUGGAGGGCAUCGAGUGGCUCAGGAUGCUGUGGGAGAACGGCAUUAACGGGAUCCUGGCGGACGAGAUGGGUCUGGGGAAGACGAUCCAGUGCAUCGGGCACGUGGCCAUGAUGCUGGAGCGCAAGGUGCUGGGCCCCUUCCUCAUCGUCGUGCCGCUCUCCACCGUGCCCAACUGGAUCUCCGAGUUCAAACGCUUCGCCCCAGAUAUAAGUGUGAUGCUCUACCAUGGGGCGGCGAAAGAGCGCGACGACCUCAUCAAGCUGAUGCGUAAGCCGCAGGGGCCUCUGAAGAUGUGCCCCGUAGUCAUCACCUCCUUCGAGAUCGCCAUGAUCGACCGCAGGAAGCUGCAGCGUUUCCACUGGAAGUUCCUGAUCGUGGACGAGGGUCACCGCAUCAAGAACCUGAACUGCCGGCUGGUGCGCGAGCUGAAGCUGCUGAACACCGACAACAAGCUGCUGCUGACGGGCACGCCGCUGCAGAACAACCUGGCCGAGCUCUGGUCCCUCCUCAACUUCCUGCUGCCCGACGUCUUCGACGACCUCAAGAGCUUUGAGUCGUGGUUUGACCUCGACCGCAUCAGUGAAGAGGCCGAGAACAUCGUGGCCAAGGAGCGCGAAGAGAACAUCCUUCACAUGCUUCAUCAGAUCCUCACUCCGUUCCUGCUGAGGCGUCUGAAGUCGGACGUGACGCUGGAGGUUCCGCCCAAGAGGGAGAUCCUGGUGUACGCCCCCCUCACGCUCAAGCAGGAGACGCUCUACUCCGCCAUCAUCAACAAGACCAUCGCCAAGAUGCUGGGCAAGGACAAGCAAGAGGAGGGUCCUGUAGUGCUGAGCUCGGCGGGGAGGCCGAGGCGCAGGACCAGGAGGGAGGUGGACUACGCGGAGAAGGCGGGCGAGGACCCCGACGCCCUGGAGAACCAGCUGGAGAAACACCUGGAGAAGAUGCAGAAGGAGAUGGACCAGAGAGGUGCCCCAGAGGUGGAGGUGAAGUCUCUGGACGCACACAUCAAUCUGAAGAUGCGGAACGUGCUGAUGCUGGUCAGGAAGUGCUGUAACCACCCGUACCUCAUCGAGUACCCCCUGGACCCCGCCACUGACGACUUCAAGAUCGAUGAACAGCUAGUUGAAACAUCUGGUAAAUUUCUGAUUUUGGACAGAAUGCUUCCAGAACUGAAGAAGAGAGGGCAUAAGGUGUUGGUGUUCAGCCAGAUGACGUCCAUCUUGGACCUCUUGAUGGACUACUGCUACCUGCGCGGCUACCAGUACAGCAGGCUGGACGGCACCAUGGCGUACACCGACAGGGCCGAUAACAUGAAGAAGUUCACUGAGGAUCCCGAGGUGUUCCUGUUCCUUCUGAGUACACGAGCAGGAGGCCUGGGCAUCAACCUGACCGCCGCCGACACCGUCAUCAUCUUCGACAGCGACUGGAACCCCCAAGCGGACCUGCAGGCUCAGGACCGCUGCCACCGGAUUGGCCAGACCAAGCCCGUGCUGGUGUUCCGCCUGGUCACCGCCAACACCAUCGACCAGCGCAUCGUGGAGCGCGCCGCCGCCAAGAGGAAGCUGGAGAAGAUGGUCAUUCACAAGAAUAAGUUCAAAGGUGGCGCGGACGACCUGAAACCGACUAAGAACGUUGUGAACGAGUCGGAGCUCAUGGACCUGCUCAAGUCCCGAGACUACGAGAAGGCAGUAAAAAGCACUAAAGGGAAGGUGAUCAGCGAUAAGGACCUGGAGUUCCUGUUGGAUCGCAGCGACCUGCUGGUGCCAGAUCAGGAGAAGAAGCAGAGCCGCAAGCAGGAGAAGGACGGAGUGUUCCGAGUGGUGGAGGCUAAACAGGAAGACGAGAUCACGCUGAGCUGAGGUUUCCGCUCCACCCGACCCGACCCGACCCGGCCCUGCCCAGGAAAGCCACUGACCCCUCCGCACCGGUGCGUGGGUCCACCUCCGGUUCUGUUCUCAUGGCGAGCUGGACCCGAUACAGCUCGUCUUCAGCUGGCCCGUCUCCCAGCCGUGUACAAAGUAGACAGGUCUACAUACUAGAGACCUUCAGGCAACUCUCUGCACUUUCCCCUUUUUAUAUGUCGUACUACUAGAAAGCUUCUGUUGUUUUUUUUGUUGUUUCUCACUUUGACCAUGACUGACUGUUAAUAAAUAAGUGUUUCCAUA